AUUUCUACUUUUGUUCACACCAGAUCAGGAAAACUGAAGAGGCUCAGUACUGCCUGUUGCUAUUUUAAGGUAUGUGAAAGCUUGAUUGAAGCAGUUCAAAAGCUCCCAUUGUUGGAGGAGUUGAGUUUGAUACACACUGCUAUCACAAUACAAGGCAUUGAAGCUCUUGGACACUGUUGCCCGCGGUUGAAGUCAUUUGAAUUUAACAAGUCAUUGUAUAUGGGAUCAGUCGAUGACUCUGAUAACGAAGAUGAAAGAAAUGAAGAAGCUCUAGCUAUUGCUAAAAACCUACCUACCUUGCACCACCUUCAUCUCAUUGGCCUCCAAGCUAUUCUUGAUAGUUGUCCUCUUCUUGUAUCUCUAGACUUGCGUCUGUGCAAAUAUGUUACCUCCAACGAAGUCUUCAGUAGUAGAAUUUCUGGGAAGCUCCCUCAUGAAUCUCUCGAGGGUCUUGAAUUUUCAUUCGAGGCUUGUUGGGAUGAGGAUUUGUCUGAUAGCAUGACCGAUGAUUAGUGAAGCUCUGGACUUUUUAGGUCCCCAUCCUCUUGUUGAAGAUCUCCUUGCAACUAUGUUAGUGUUGUUUUCCAAGGAUAUCAUUGUUGAUUCUUUUUUGGUUAUCCUAAUUUCAGUAAGUUAAAUAUCCAGGGAAUCAUGUUCUAACUUAUCCUUAUUCUAUAAUUUCCUCUAAAUGUGUAUCAUAUGAAGACAACUAGUACAAUAUAUUGACUUAAGUUGGUAACAAGGAAAUACAUACAAGUACUAUAGAACAAAAAUAUUACUAUUGCAAACUU